ACAAAUAAGCGAUUAACGUAUUUGUUUCUGGAGGGUCAUGUAGAGCUGGAGAAGUACAGAUAUCUUUAUUUUGCUGUUACUCUCACAGCUCUGUUGAUUAUUUGCUGUAAUUCUGUCGUUAUAUUUGUGAUAUAUUCCAGCAAACAGCUGCAUGAGCCGAUGUAUAUAUUUAUUGCUGCCUUGCUUUUUAAUUCUCUUAUUGGAACAGCUGCUCUUUAUCCUAAACUGCUGGUUGAUUUUCUGUCUGAAAUUCAGGUUACUUCUCUCAGUGCCUGCUUAUUUCAGGCCUAUUUAAUUUACAGCUAUGCUGCUGCAGAGUUUACACUGUUAUCAGCUAUGGCCUAUGAUAGAUACGUUUCUAUAUGUAAACCUUUACAAUAUGCAACUCUUAUAAAAAUGUCUACAGUUAGAAAAAUCUUAUUUUUCUCCUGGUUGAUCCCUUUUACUGCCAAUGGUAUUGGAAUAAUACUGACUUAUCAACUUCAAAUCUGUGGGUUUAAAAUGAACAGAGUCUACUGUAAUAAUUAUUCAAUUGUCAAAUUAAGUUGUGGAAAUAUAUUGGCAAAUAAUGCAUAUGGUUUAUUUGUUUUAAUUUUGGUGUUUUUUGCACCACUCAUGUUUAUAAUAUUUUCGUACGUUAGAAUUCUCAAAGUGUGUUUAAUGACUUCGAAUGAAGAAAGGAAAAAAAAAGCUCUCCGGACCUGCUUCCCACAUCUCAUCGUCUUCAUCAACUACUCUGUCACUUCCUGUUUCGAGGUGAUCGGCAGCAGAUUUGAAGAAAACGUACCUCAUUUGUUUGCUAUGAUCAUGUCUAUUGAAAAUCUGUUAAUUCCUCCUCUUGUUAAUCCUGUUAUGUACGGAAUGAAACUGCAGGAGAUUCUGAACAGCAUCAAGAAAUUUAUCUGGAAACAAAGGAGAAAAAUAUCGUUCUAAUUUCUCUUUUAAUUUCUCUACUUUACUCUGUAUGUUAUAAGCUAUAUAAAGACAAAUCACUGACUAAUAGCUUUUUAAUGCAGCAUACAUUAAUAGAAAAUACUAGUGUAAAAAAAGAAAAGGUAAAACUUUACUUGGAUGGUCCAUUUGAUGGCCUCUUUGAUGCUCAACUGACAUUCAACUGCAUGUCUAUUAAAUGCAAAUGAACUAAAAGGUGAAAGUAAAUGAUUCUCUAUUGAAUAAAACCCUACAUUCAACUCUAAUCCAAACGCUUAUCUUAAUAUUUUAGGAUUGGGUUUAGGGUUAGAUUUUAAGCUUAGCUUAAGGUUAGGGUAAGGGUUAGGUUCUAUUUUGAAGUAAAUUAAGUUAAAUUUAAUGUACAUUCAAUUCAGUGUUAGGUGAAUGUCCGUUGAGCAUCAACAAUGCCAUAAAAUGGACCAUCCAAGUAAAGUGUUACCAAAGAAAAUACUUAAUAUUCUGUAAAAUGUACAUAAAAUAAUGUAAAUUGUAUAUGUUUAAUUAUCAGUUUAUCAAGUUUAUCAGUUUUAAUUUUUAUUUUGUACCAAAGUUUAUAUACUCCACUGCACAAUGCAUGGACAUUUUAUUUUAUACACAGUAGUGGACAGUAACAAUGUGAGCAAAUAGCAAUGUUUAUAUUUUUAUUUAUUAUAUUUAAAAAUAAAUUCACUAAGGUUGUUAA